AUGCAGUUGCCUCCGCCCGAGGUGCUUGCUGCUCUCCCAAAACCGAAUUAUGUCGACCCCGUCACGAGGGGUGAUGCCAAGGUCGUUCUUAAUGUUGUUUUAUACACCAUUUUGCUGGGCUUCAUUGGGCUUCGCAUCUAUACGCGAACGCAUCUGAGGAAGUUCUUUGGCACUGAUGAUGUGCUGAUUCUGGUUGCGCUGAUUCCUACUUCCGUAUUCUUCAUUAUAAGUAUUCUUGCGGACACAAAGUUCCACUGGACUCGUCACUCUAAUGAUAUACCACGCUCUGAAAUCACCCGGGGAUUGAAGAUCGUCCUUUGUGUCGAGUUAAUGUUUGCAGCGGCAUGUACUUUGACAAAGUUAUCUAUGCUCGUGUUUACCUAUCGAUUGCUCGCAUCUUCUACGCGGUUUUGGCGGAGAGUCACUUCCGCUGCAAUUGCGGUGGUCUCAUUGCAGGGUGGGAUUUUUUGCAUUUGUUUGAUCUUCCAGUGCAGGCCACCGUCACAUUACUGGAAGAUAACGGUUAACCCGCAGCCAGAAUGCAUCAGUGAAACCUGGUCUCUCCUCAUUGCUGGUACAAUCAAUACCUUCACAGACUUUGUUGCAGUGGCGCUUCCCAUCCGAACGGUCUUGUCCCUUCAACUACAAGCCAAGCAAAUCAUCCCAAUAGUGAUCCUCUUCUGUUUUGGCUUCCUGUCCUGUUCUUUCGGGAUCGUCAGAACCUACUACACCUAUAAGGUCUCUACGAGCUAUGAUCAGGUCUGGGAUUCAUACCCCGUAUGGAUAACUGCCGCCCUGGAGUUAUAUAUUGGAAUCAUCUGCGCCUCAAUACCCGCAACGAAACCCUUCUUCUCCACCAUCCUCCCCCACAUCUUCGGCUCCAUCGACCCCCUCUCAGACCGCUCAGCCUACAACUACACCUCCGCCUCCCGGCAAUUCAACCAAUCCCGCAGCGCCAAGAUGACGUCUUCGACUGCAGACACCGAUGCCGAGCACGGCGAAGAAUUACUGAAUCUCGACAAAGCGUUGGGAAGUAGGAACGAUAAGGGUGUGGCUUUUAGCACGACUACGAUUACGGGGGGUAGGGGAGAUAGCGAGUCCGAGGCGCCCGAGGAGUAUUUGAGGAUACGGCAGACGGUCGAUUAUGUUACGAGCCAGGGAAGGAGACGAUGA